AUGGGCAGCUCUGGAGCGACGCGGCUCUCGCGCCUGCUGCAGCGCACGCGCGUGAGCACGUACGACCCUACGGUGCCGCGUGUGUACACUGCGCCUACCGCGCAUGCCGCGCGCGGCGACUGGGGCCUGAAGCGCCCGAUGCCGUCGUCGUGGCACGCGGCGCCGGACGCCCCGGCCCCCCAGCCCUUCCAAGGCGCCCUGCGCUAUGCCACGGUGCAGCGCCUCGACACCCAGCAGGGCCUGACCGAUUGGCGCGAGAGCGAGCGUGAUCCCCUGUUCCGUGCGCGCUGGCACGAGGCGGGUGCGCGGCUCAGCGACCGCUCGAAGCGCGACGGCCUCUCGAGCGCCGUCGGCGAGGAGGAGACGAGCGCCGCGCAGGGCCUGCGCCCCCGCAUCCUUUACGACGAGGCGACGCGCACCGAUGAUAAGCCCGCGCACGUCGUCUGGGGCACGAACCACGCCAAGUUCACCACCACCCCCGACCUGCUGCCGAACUACAAUGCAAUGUCCGAGCGCGAGUUCCAAAAGUUCCUGCACAAUGUCCGGCGCCAGCGCUCCAAGUUCCGUGCGGCGCUGGGCGCCGAGCGCCGUGCUGCUGCCGAGCACGCCGUGCUCGAGCAGCUCGCACGCAAAAAGGCCAAGGACAACGGCCCGGCGGUCGUGAGCGAGGAGGAGUACGCGGAGGCGUGCAAGGACGUCGAGACACCGGAUGUUGACCUCUGGGACGAGGCGCGCCUUCCCCAUGCGCCGCAGAGCGCCGCGUCCUUCUUCAAGACGUCGGCACAGACGCGCGCCGAUGCGCCCAGGAGCCAUACGCUGACGACGCCCGCGCAUGCCGCGGCGAUGCAUCCCCUGCACGGCCUGCAGUACUCGCAGCCGGACAGUGUGUACACGCACCUCCUCGCGGAGCCCGUGCAGGGCCAUGCGGUGAGCCGCGUCGAGGACGCGCGCCGCAGCCGCUACUUUGUCGGCGCCGACGCCGGCCUGGCCGUCGCGGCCGGUGGCCACGUCGCGCACCUCCCCCUGCAGCACCGCCAGGGCCUCGAUGUGGUGGACUACACGCGUGCGAACGCGUCGCGCGGCGCAGGCUACUUCCGUGUGCUGCACGCGUACCUCGACCUGCACGCGACGCCCCACGCGACGCGCCGUACGCCGCCAAACGUCGCUGCGACCGAGCCGGCGCUCGGCUACGUGCGUUCGCAGCUCAUGGCGCUGCGCCGCCCCGCGAAUGCGCCGCUGCCCGGCACGCGCGCAUGGAUCGAUGGCCCUGCGGCGGAUGCGCGGUCGUCCAGCGCUGCGCGCAGCGAGUCCGGCUCGCUCUUUGGUGCGCUGGCGCGCAAUGGCCGUGCCCCCGCGCCCCCCCGCGGUGGCGGCAAGCGCCAGCGUUUCCAGAAGCGGAAACGGGAUACGCCGUCGACGCACAAGGACGUGCAGAUGCUCGACAAUAUCAAAAACCUACUUUCGCCGCAAUAG